AUGCCUACCGAAUCCCCAUACCCCCGCAUGCAAGUCCCGAACGUUGGCCUCUGGGAUUUCUUAUUUGAACGAAAGGACAAGCCCUAUCCAGACGACCAUGUCGUCUUGCAAGAUGCAUACACCAAACGCUCAUAUACCUUUGCACAAGCUCGCAAUGCCGCCAUUGACUUCGGCAAAGGCCUCAAGGGUGCUUGGGACUGGCAGAAGGGAGACGUAAUUGCCAUGUUCACCCCCAACUCCAUCGACACUCCAAUCGUCAUGUGGGGUGCCCACUGGGCAGGAGCCACCGUCUCUCCCGCCAACCCCGGCUACAGCGCCGACGAGUUGGCUUUCCAGCUUAAGGACUCCGGCGCCCAGGCUCUCAUCACUCAAUGGCCUGUCAUUGCCACUGCUCGGGCCGCCGCAAAGAAGGUCGGCCUACCGGAAGACCGUAUCAUUUUGAUCGGCGACCAGAAAGACCCAGAAAUGCGAGUCAAACACUUCACCUCUAUCCGCAACACCGCCGGUACCAACCGCUACCGACGCACAAAGGUCGAUCCCGAGAAGGAUCUGGCUUUCUUGGUAUACUCUAGCGGCACCACCGGUCUGCCCAAAGGUGUCAUGUUGUGUCACAAGAACAUUAUUGCGAAUACCCUCCAGGUUUCCACAGCCGAAUCUCCCUUGACUCCGGCCGACAGGAUCCUUGCUUUCCUUCCAUUUUUCCACAUCUAUGGCUUGACCGUCAUCUUGCACGUGAGCUUCUUCAAAGGCUGCCGAACAGUCGUCAUGCCCAAGUUCGACAUCGAAGACUUUUGCAAGAUAACACAAGAGGAGAAGAUCACUUUCAGCUAUGUCGCACCCCCUGUAGUCUUGCUUCUGAGCAAGCAUCCUGUUGUCGACAAGUACGACCUGAGCACGAUACGCAUGAUGAACUCCGGAGCUGCGCCUCUGACCAAAGAGCUUGUGAACGCUGUUUACGACCGCACAAAGCUCAAGGUCAAGCAAGGCUAUGGCCUGAGCGAGACAUCACCAUGUACUCACACUCAGCAAUGGGAUGUCUGGCAAAGUACCGUAGGCAGUGUCGGCGUUUUGCUACCCAACAUGACUGCCAAAUACAUGUCGCCCGAAGAGAAGGAGGUACCUGUCGGCGAGGUCGGUGAACUAUGGCUCAAGGGACCUAAUAUUUUCCUGGGCUACUUGAACAACGCCGAGGGUACAGCAAACGCACUGACAUCGGAUGGCUACUUCAAAACUGGUGAUGUGGGCUAUCAAGACGAGGACAAUAACUUUUUCAUCACCGAUCGUGUCAAGGAGUUGAUCAAAUACAAGGGUUUCCAAGUACCACCAGCAGAACUAGAAGGCUACCUGGUCGCACACGAAAAGAUCGACGAUGUCGCAAUCAUUGGUAUCUACAGGGAAGAUCUCGCGACAGAAGUUCCUCGAGCAUACGUCGUGCCACGCAAAGGUGUCGAGGCAGGCAAGGCCCUUGAGGACGACAUUGUUAAUUGGAUCGGCGCAAAGGUCGCAAAUCACAAGAAGCUGAGAGGUGGUGUCAAAUUUGUAGACCAAAUUCCCAAGAGCAUCAGUGGCAAGAUCCUGCGACGAGUCUUGAAGGCUCAGGCCGAGGAAGAGGCGAAGAAGGGUCAGAAGGCCAAACUGUAA